AUGGCGUCUACAUAUGCUGAGAUAGCUGCAGCAGAGGAGACAGCAGCAGCAGCACUGCAGCAAGCAGCAGCCCCUCACAUGCUAGCUUCACCAGCAGCAGCAGCAGGAGAAGCAGCAGCAGCAGCAGCAGCAGCAGCAGAAGCAGCAGCAGCAGCAGCAGCAGAAACUGCAGCAGAAGAGUAUAUUCCUAUGCUGCCUUCUCUCCCCAUAGAGGAGGCAGAGAAAGAAGAACAAAAAGAAGAAAAAGAAAAAACAACAACAAUCAAAACAGAAAAGGAGACACCAAAGGAGACUCGGCCUUCGCUUGGUGCUGCUGCUGCUGCUGCUGCUGCAGCAGCAGCAUUUAAGCGGCCCCUGAAACGCAAAGAGAGAGAAAAGAAAGAAAAAGAAAAAGAAAAAGAAAAAGAAGAAAAAGAAAAAGAAAAAGAAAAAGAAAAAGAAGAAAAAGAAAAAGAAAAGGAAACAGAGAAAGAAAAAGAAAAAGAAAAAGAAAAAGAAGAGAAAGAGAAAGAAACAGAAAAGGAGACAGAAAAAGAAAAAGAAAAAGAAAAAAAAGAAAAGGAGACAGAGAAAGAAAGCGAGAGAGAAGAAGAGAGAGAAGAAGAAGAGACAAAAGAAAUAAUGAGAGCUGCAGCAAAAGAGACAACAGAGAGAUUGUCUCUUGGUGGUGCUUUUCGUGUUGCUGCUGCUGCUGCUGCAUUCAAGCGGAGACAGCAGCAAAAGAAAAAGGAGACAGAAAAAGAAAAAAAACAAAAAGAGACAGAAAAAGAAAAAACACAAAAGGAGACAGAAAAGGAGACAGUAGCAGCAGGAGAAAAAGAAGAAGCAGAAGAAGAAAAGGAGACACCAGCAGCAGCAACUGCUGCUGCUGCUCCUGCUCCUGCUGCAGCAGCAGCAAAAGAAGAAACAGAGAAACCAGCAGCAGCAGCAGCAGCAGUUGCUGCUGCAGCAAGAGAAGAAGCAGCAGAAGAAAAGGAGACAGCAGAAGUGAGAGAUACAACAAAAGAAACAAAAAAAGAAACGGAGACACCACAGGCUGCUGCUGUUGCUGCUGCAGCAGACGAAGAAGCAAAAGAAGAAAAAGAAAUCAUCGAGGAGGUAAGCAGCAGCAGCAGCUGCUGCAGCAGCAGCAGCAGCAGCAACAAACACACCAGCAGCAGCUGCAGCAGCAGCAGCAGCAGCAGCAAACACAGCAGCAGCAACAGCAACUCGCCAGCAUAA